GUUUGCUGCUUGCUAGAACUGUGGGCGAGCCAUUCGAUUCCUACCGAGCAGCAAAAUGGCCGACCGUCAACCAACUGACUUCCCAGCGCUUUAAAAAAAUAUUCUGCACAUUAGGUUUACAAUAUCGUAGUACUUACUAAUCAAGAGUUCCAACGAGUAUAUUUCUUUGAUAGCCACAUACUUGACUAAUCGUUUAGAGGUUGUUUUUCAUGUAGCCUCGAAUGCCUCAAAAACUAGGAUUUCGCACUAAAGCACUUUAGCCACGGAUGAAGGGGGAAAUAAUCUUUGCUUAGCUAGCUAGCUGGCACGCUAGCUCAAUUUCAUAUGUGAUUCCUGAGAAAGGAGUAUCAGGAAAGGGAACUGUAGUUCAUGGAAGACAAGAAAAGGAAGAAAGACGACAAAAGAAAAAGGGAAGCCUCUCAGAAGGUUGCAGAGCAAAAAAACAAAGUGCCAGAACUGACCAAGCCCUCGUCCACCCAGUCUCCUGCCGCCCCCAGCUCUGCUUCCCCCAGCCCUGGACCCACCCCCUCUGCGUCCCCCUCCCCUGCCACCGCGGCUGCAGGCGGCGGCGCCCCCCCUCAGGGCGGGAACAAUGCGAAGCGGACGUCGGUGGCCAACGGACAGCCCCCCGCAGCAGGCACCCAGGCCCCCCAGCGCUACAUGCCCCGCGAAGUGCCCCCGCGAUUCCGCUGCCAGCAAGACCACAAAGUGCUACUGAAGAGGGGCCAGCCGCCGCUGUCCUCCAUGCUACUGGGUGGAGGCACUGGGCCGGGGGGAGGAGGGGUGGAUGGCCCCAAUGCAACCAUGGCUGCUGUGUCAGAUUCCAGUCCAGGCUAUGUGGGUCCAGCUGCUCCCUCACUGCCCCUAACCUCAUCAUCCUCAUCAAUCGCUGCUUCUUCUACUACUUCAAAUUAUGCAAAUUCCACGCGGGGGGCGGGCUCUGGCAGCCUGCCGUCCUCUCAGGGCAGGGAGAAGGUCAUCGUGGACGGUUCGGACCUGGAGGAGUGGCCUAGUAUUGCCGCUGGUGACGGAAACGGUGCCGGAGGUGGAACUUCGGGGCCGGGAAGUGGAUCAUUGGGGGAAGUUGGUGGUGGAAUGCCGAACAGCAGUGCCUCGUGGAAAGGUGGCGAUCCUGUUAGUCCUUCGACCACUUCCUCGUUCUCAAUGCCCAAUGAAUGUAUGCUGACUGGCAGUGUGCCGUGGGGCUCUGCUGCCUCGCAGGGCCCUGUGGGAGGGAAUGCAGCCCCAGGGGUGUCGUUGCCCUCCAUUCCCAAAGCCUCCCCUCUGCCAGUGGUCCCUGACGGAUCCCUUGGUGGCAGUGGGGGGAUCCCUGGUGCCAACUUCAACCCAAAUGCCAACCCUUCUGCCUGGCCCACCUUGGUGCAGCAGGAUGGGGCUGGGGAAGCUUCCUCUGAGGGUGGCCCCCAAGCUUCCCUUCUCCAGCGCCAGGCUGGGCCUCUGUCUGCCAACAUCCCCCCCUCGGCCCAGGGGCACCCACCUCUAGCUGUGAAUCAAUCCUCUCAUCAGCACCAACUUCACCAAAAUCAAUCUAGGGACAGAGAGCACCCGUCAGAUGCUGGGUGGGGUGUGGCGGUGCUGGAGACGGGAGCAGGACCAAAAAAUGCGGGAACAGGGGAGGGAGCCGAAAAAGACUGUGGCGGAGGGGGCAACGGAGGAGACAACCUCUCCGCCUCCCAAACCUCAUCGUCCCCCUCCUCAUGGGGAGGCCAGCCUUUCCCUGCUGCCAACUCCAAAACGGGUGCCUCAAGGACUGACGGUUGGGAAGGGGGAGCUGGUGACGGUGGAAGCUCUGGUUGGGGAUACAGCGGUCAGGCGGGUAGCGGGGGGAACGGGGUAUCUCAGGGAGGGUGGGGUGUUGGCGGAGGAGGAGAGAGAGGGUCUUCUGUUGGCAACUGGGGCAGUAAUUCGGGUGGGGUGAGUGGAGGUGGUGUUGCCGGUAAUUCCGGAGGAGAGGCAGGUGGAGUCGGCGGGCGCAGCGGUAGCAGCAGUAGUGGGGGCAGCAACGGCAACCCCCCUGCUGCCUCUACCUCCCCCACGUCAUCCGCCACGACUCCCAGAGCUUGGGACAAUCAGAAGGGUGCCGGUGGGGGCGACGGUGGCGGGGGAGGGGCCGAUGCGGGGGACUGGGGGGGUGGUAGGGGGGGCAAUUCUUCAUCCAGCGGCGGAGGGAACUCCAGAGGUGGAAGCAAUCACAAUCAGCACCACGGGUACGGCCACCACCGGUCAUCACACCCCCCGCCGCCCAACCCUGAAGGGGCCUUACAGGCCAUGCUCAGCCGCAGUGACCUGGACCCACGCGUGCUCUCCAAUACAGGCUGGGGCCAGACCCAAAUCAGACAGAAUGUGGCCUGGGACCUAGAACCGGGGAAAGGAGGUUCUGGGUCGUCUGCUUCAUCCAAAAACGCUCCGUCUGCCGUGGGUCCGUCUUCUCAGUAUUCCGCUCCAACUACUGAUCCCAUGGUUCCUUCCCCUAUCCCUGUCUCCGCUCCCAACCAGAACUCCAACCCUUCCCUCGGGAACUCCAGUGUCUCUGGGGAAGGCUGGGAGGGUGGCAACAGCAGCAACUCCCUACCCAACCGUGGGCCGCCUCCGGGAUCCAACAUGAGGAGCCCUUCUGGGGUACCACCUUCUGGGCCAGUGGCCACUGGAGCUGGUAUGGGGGGCGUUGGCGGCCUUGGACCGGGCCAGGGGAAGCCUACGGGAGGCUGGAGUGGGUUAGGACCAGGGGAGAGCCAAGGAAAAGGAUGGGGGAAUGAGGCGUCAGACUGGGGUGGUGGGAGGGAGCGUAGUAGAGGUGGAGGAGGGUGGGGGGAUUAUGGACAACAGGGUAACCAAGGUGGAGGCGGUGGUGGAGGCUGGGGAAGUGUCCAGGAGGAAAAGGCAUCUGGAGGUGGUUGGAAGGAGAUUGGGAGGGAGGGAGGUGGUUGGGGGGGGCAGAGGGAGAGGGGUGGUGGGGAGUGGGGAGAGCGAGAGACCAAAUCAAGCGGAGGAGGUGGAUGGGGGGAGGACAGGAAAGGAGGUGGAGGAGGCUCAGGUGGGGGGGACUCAGAAGUCGGUACGUGGGGCAGCUGGGACGAGGCAGCCCCAAGAAGAGCUUGGGGCGCAGGUGGUACGGGUGGUGGAGGAACAGGAGCGGACACGGGGGCCGGCAAACCCCACCAGGGGCGUUGGAGUGGAGGGGGGAAGACGCCAAACAGCCAGGCGGCCUCUCUAAAAGGGCCCAUGGCAUCACAGCAGCAGCAACAAUCACAGCCCCCACAGCCAGGCCUGGACCCAGGGGCCAUGCAAGGAGGAGCGGGGGGCUGGGGGAGACAGCCGGGCCCCCAGGCCCAGAACCAAAGUAGCUCAGGCUGGACAGCCGGGCCUAUCCCCAGCCGCCCUGGUGCAGGAGACGGGGCGGAGUCCAGCGGGUGGGAAGAACCUUCACCACAGUUCAUCAGCAAGAAGAUGGACAUUGACGAUGGGACGGCGGCCUGGGGGGAUCCCAGCCAGUUUAAUUACAAGACUGUCAACCUGUGGGAGAAGAGCGGCGCUCCCGCCGGGCAGCAGCCACUAAUGCACGGCCAGGGACCCGGACCACCUCCCCAACAGCAGGCUCCAGCGCUCCAGCACCAGCCUGGGCCUGGCAGGCAGCCCACUGGUAUGGCAAGCAGAGACAUCAAUCCUGCCCAAGGACCUGGGAAAGCACCAGCUCCGUCGGCCGGCUGGGAUGGUAGCGCUCCCUCCGAGCCCCCGGUGGACAACGGCACGGCAGCCUGGGGGAAGCCCACCGAGACUCCCACCGGUUGGGGAGACCCUGGGGAGGACGCUGGGAAGACCACGUCCGGCUGGGGGAACCCCUCACCUAACCCUGUCAAAUCUGCAGGUCCAAAGUCUAUGCAAGAAGGAGGCUGGGGUGAGGGAGAUCAGGGCUCGGUGGCAGCCUCGCGUCACUCCAGCUGGGAGGAAGAGGAGGACGGAGGAGGCGGGGUGUGGAGCAGCACUGGGUCCCAGGGCAGCAGCUCCUCCUACAACAGUGGGGGCUGGGGCCAAGGCCACGGGGGCAAGAAGCCCUACAACAAGGCUCCCCUGAAGGGUGGAGGAGGUGAACCCUGGAUGAACCCCAUGAAUAAGCAGUUCUCCAACAUGGGGCUACUGGGCGAUGACCCUAGCAGUCGCCCCCUGGACCUGGCCCCUGGUCCUCCUCAGGAUAAGAAGAUGGAGGGAGAGAAGCGAGGGAUGGGCCUGAACGACUACAAUGGAGAGAUGCGUAAAGUAGGACAGAGAGGCGGAGGAGGAAUGGUCUACCGUUCGCCCGGUUCCAAAGAGAUGGGGUCCGGUGAGCCUGGGCCUUACUACGACAAGCAGACCUUGCCUUUCACCAAUCAGGAUGGGUGCCUUGGGGAGGAGUACUCUCCGCCCACUGUCUACAAGCCCUCCCCCCUCUACAACCACACAAUCCCCCCUAGACAAGGUGGCCAUAACAUGUUUGGUAACAGUGGCAGUGGCAUGCCCCAGUCCAGACACCAGCCUGUGGUGCCACCCAUCAACCCGUCGGCAGCGAUACGAGCGCAAGUGCCUCAUCAGUUCCUGACGCCCCAGGUGCCAGGUUCAGUGUUGAAGCAGAUGCCGCCUCCUAGUGCUGGUGUGGGUGGAGUCGGGGGUGUGGGUGGGGUCGGGGGUGUGGCAGCAGGCGUUUUCCCCCCUCAGCUGUCCCCCCAGCACAUCGCCAUGCUGAGCAGCAUCUACCCCCCGCACAUACAGUUCCAACUGUCGUCUCUCCCUCUCUCCCAGGCCUGCCAGCUGCUCCUCCAGCAGCAGCAACAGAACCCCCAGCAGCAGGUCACCUCACCCCAGCAGCUCCAACAGCUCCUACAGACCCAGAGGAAGUUCCCCCAGAGCAUACGACAGCAGGCCGACCCCCAACAGCUGGCCAGGAUUGUGGCUGUUCUCCAACAGCAGAGGCAGCAGGGUGUGGGAGGGGGCUCUAAACUGUCCCCAUCGCACCUGGGAGGGGGUGGCCCCAAACUGCCUAUGAACGACACUCUGCCCCAUCCCGGCAUGGGUGGUUCUGUGGACCUGCACCAGAAAACCCAGGGCUACUCUGGGUAUGGUGGAGGCGUGAACCUGUCUGGCCUGGACAUGGGGGGCUCUGUGUUGGGGGGUCCAGGGGGCAUGAAGGACGUGGGAGUGCAGCAGUCCCGCUUUAAAUGGAUGAUGGAGAGUCACUCUCCUGCCCCUUCUCCUCCUGAAAGCCUCCACAAAAAUGGUCCUAUGCCAACCCCUAUGAGGCGGGGGGGCUCUCCCUACUCCCAGUAUGAUAUGAUGGGAGGGGAUGGGCUAGGCAUGCCCCCCCAGGGCGACAACUGGCACCGUACUCCUGGGAACAAGAUGGGUUCCAAGCCUCAAGGCACAUCCAGCUGGCCUCCUGAGUUCCAGCCUGGCGUGCCCUGGAAGGGGAUCCAGAAUGUUGAUCCAGAGUCUGACCCGUACAUGACCCCAGGGAGCAUGAUGGGAAACCCUGGGCCAUCAAACCUCAAUGACACUGAGCACCAGUUGCUAAGAGACAACACAGAACCCAACCCCCCUCUGAACACCUUGCUGCCUUCACCUGGUGCCUGGCCCUACAGUGCCUCAGACAGCCCCCUCAACAACGCACACAGCUCAGCAAAGUACACAGAGUACAAGAACAGCUGGCCCCCUGAGCCCAUUGGACAUAACAAGAUGUGGAAGACCAAUCGUAACCAACAGUCCCAACAGCUGCCACGCCCUCCACCAGGACUGACCAAUCAGAAGCAGGCCUCGCCGUCCCGUGGCCCGUGGCAGGCCCGUGGCUGGGGUGGUUCCGGCGGGAGCCAGGAAACCAGAUAUGGCCCUGGCUCUGCUUGGAGUGAUGGGGGGACCUCCAGAGGAAGCUGUUGGCUGGUGCUCUGCAACCUCACCCCCCAGAUCGACGGCUCCACUCUCCGUACCAUAUGUAUGCAGCAUGGCCCCCUGCUGACCUUCCACCUCGGCCUGACCCAGGGCAGCGCUCUGAUUCGCUAUAGCACCCCACAGGAAGCAGCCAAGGCCCAAAGCGCUCUCCACAUGUGUGUUCUGGGCAAUACCACCAUCCUGGCAAAGUUUGUGAGUGAGGAGGAAGUUGCUCGCUAUUUUGCACAUUCCCAGACGGGAGGGGGCAGCGGAACAUCUGGGGCCCCAGGGUCCGGCGGAGGCCAAGGGGGCCCCGCGGGGACUGGCGUUGUGGGGGCCAGCAACAACAACAGCAGCAGUGGUGUUGGGAGUGGAGAGAGAGACAGAUCCAGGGGAGAGGGCUCCGCCCCUGGAGGUGGAGCUAACAGUGGAGGCGGCAGCUCAGGGCCCAUCAGCUCUGGCUGGCAGAGUUUAGACGGCAGCAGAGGCUCCCCGGACCCCGCCCCCACCCAGGGGCCCGGUCUCAGCAUGUUUGCCCAAUGGAGCAGCAACGGCGGUGGGGGAGGAGGGGUAGGCGGUGGUGCCGGGAGUGUGGAGCCUGGCAGACAGGGUUUGUGGGGAGGCAUGGGCGGUGGGGGGUACCCCAGCAGUAGUCUGUGGGGGUCCCCGGCCAUGGAUGACCGACACGGGAUGGGGAGUCCUGCUGCUCUGCUGCCUGGAGACCUCCUAGGGGGAGGGGCGGAUUCCAUCUGAGUGUGACCGCACCUAAUACAUGAACACGCUCUCUGAAAAACAUGCACACAGAAACACAUGCAUAUACAGUACGUGUGUAUAUACACUAUACACACACUAAACAAACAUGCACUUAAGCAAAUCCUCACACACCUCCAGUUAUAUACAUUACCACACGCAGAUGAAUGACUUCAGACUACACUGGUCACAUAUGCAGAUCCACUGAUGCUUGUUUUCUCAAACAUUGUGUCCUGAAUAAACAGUGACGUACUGACACUACACUACACACACACACACACACACACACACACACACACACACACACACACGUGCGCACACAGUUACACGUUCACACACCCUUUUCUCUUAAAUGAAGACUUCAACAGCGAGACUUGAACAGAAAACAGUGGAAUCCGACUCACAGCCUCAACUGGAUGACUCCUCAACCACGUGACAGAAAUCUCCCUCUGACUGUGCGUACUGGGGCCCUAUCCCUCAGGCAUGCACUGUAGAGAAACCAACAAGGUGACACCACACAUGGAGGCCCUGUGCGAUGUGGAACAACGUAUUACAACAUAACUGUCUACUACACAAGGAUGACUUGAUGUUACAGUGCCGGCCAGCCCCGGCCUACAGUACCUACCUACCUACCCAACCCAUUCUGACAGAUGUAUCCACCCUCUCACCCGUUACACACUGCUCUGAUGUUUGACAAGCAAAAAUGUAUCUUGUUGUAUGUCAUUUUUCCCUGUUUGUAUAAAAAAAAGUGGAACAAUGGAAAAAUCCAAGAUGUCCUUUUUUUUUUUUUUUUUUCUUCUAAAUGCUGACCUCGUUAUAUAUAUUUUUUUUCUUAAUCAAGUUGGUUAUUAUAAUGUGAUGCUGAUGACUGAUCACUUCUUACUACAGUAGCUCUAAAAGGUGCCCUCCUGCCUGCCUGUGUGACUGUGCAUUAUUAGGAGUGAUGAGACUGAGGAGGAGAUUAGGAUGAAGAUGAUACCGGGAGCCUGUGUGUCGUUGUUGUUGCCGUGGUGAAUGUGUUUUUGUCAAUGCGAGAUUCAUUAUUAACAAGUGUGUGUGUGUGUGUGAGAGAGUUUGUGUGUCUGACAACUCAGUCAGGGAGGCAAGUACAUGUUUGUGUGCGCGCUUACAUCAGGGUAUGGAUGGGUGGGUGGGUGCGUGCGUGCGUGUUCGCGUGCGAGUACUUGAAUGUCAAGGAUGUGUAUGUCACUGUGUAUGGUUGUGUGUAGAUGGAAAGUUCAAGAACAUAGGCACUAAUGCAUAUUUCUCUUAAGUUGUGGUUUUAGCAGCAUUUUUUUGUUUUAUAUUUUUUGUUCAGAAUUGCAAUAAUAACGUUUUUUUUUUUUUUUUAAACCAACUGAAGGCAUUCAUAUUAAGAGAUGCCAAAACCUACCAUACCAAGCUGAGCUGGAACAGUGUUUUGCAAACACGUGAAAGUUACCAAUUGUUUUAUUUUGUUGUGUAUCAAUUUAAAUUAAGGCAGGCUUUAUCACUCCUGUUCAGGUUCUUUUUGUUUGUUUUCAGAUUUUACAAAUCAGAAAAACAAUUAUUUAAGCAAACAAGAACAAGACAAUAAAGGUUGAAUUAAACUCUU